AUGAUGGCAUUACCUGUUAAAAAGUUGUUGAAUCUUUUAUAUCCUAGCUUGAUUCACGUUGAUGAGUAUCUUUUGGAGCCAUCUGCUCAAGCUGAUGAUUUAAAAACCACUGUGAAGAGACUGCCAUUGAUUGCAGAAAGCCUAAACUCAAGAGGCCUUUAUAUAUAUGAUGAUGGCUUCCGCUUCGUUAUAUGGUUUCGUAGAAUGCUUUCGCCUGAUAUAGCUAGGAAUUUACUUGGGGCGGACUUUGCAGCGGAAUUGUCAAAGGUUACCCUUAGCGAGCAUGAUAAUGAAAUGUCAAGAAGGCUGAUGAGGGUAUUGAAGAAACUAAGAGAGAGCGACCGUUCGUAUUAUCAACUUUCUUAUCUUGUAAGACAAGGUGAGCAACCCAGGGAAGGUUUGCUGCUUCUUGUAAAUCUUCUCGAGGACCAGAUGGGCGGUACCAGUGGUUAUGUUGAUUGGAUAACGCUAAUACACCGGCAAGUCCAGCAAAACGCAUGA